AUGCCCGAACUGGAAGAUUCUACAGCGAAAACCAAAUCGAAGUUCGAUGCGAACAUUCUACAGGACUUGUUGCCGCUCUACUACAAACGUUUGUUUCCCCACAAACAGUUUUACCGGUGGAUGUCGUACGGACGCUCCGAAUCGUCCGUGUUUUCGAACCGAGAAUUUUCCUUCACUUUGCAGCAUGACGUAUACGUACGCUACCAAUCGUUCGAAACGCAGCAAGAACUGGAGCGUGAAAUUUGCUUGAGAGCACCUUUUAAAAUCGAUAUCGGAGCGGUGUACAACAUUCGCCCGAAAGACCAUCGCGGUGGCAUUGCGAUGCAGCCCAUGCAAAGGGAGCUGGUGUUCGAUAUCGAUAUGACCGAUUAUGACGACAUACGAACGUGCUGCAAUGAGGCGAACGUUUGUCAGCUGUGCUGGAAGUUUAUGUCCAUCGCGUGUCGCGUGCUGGACGAAGCGCUGCGGGAAGAUUUCGGGUAUGAGCAUCUGCUGUGGGUUUUCAGCGGUCGUCGUGGUAUCCAUUGCUGGGUGUCGGAUAAAUCCGCCCGCCACCUCGACACGGCGGGACGGUCGGCUAUCGCACAGUACCUGAGUGUGUUGAUUUCCGGCGGCGAAGGAACGGCAUCGCGCGUCAUCAUACACGACGAGAUGCAUCACAGUGUAAAGCGUGCCUAUCGCGUUGUGGCACCACUGUUCGAAGAGAUUUGUCUGGUGGAUCAGAACAUUUUCGGCACACCAGAGGGCGUGAAAAAGCUGCUGGCUCUGGUGCAGGAUUCGACCAUGCGUACAGAGCUCGAAAAGCGCUUCAAAGCGGGGCCCAGCGAUUCGAAGAGCGUCUGGAAGGAGUUCGUUGCGUACUUCGAACAGCUGCGCAUUUCUGGCAAUAUCAACAGGUAUCGACGGUAUAAGUUCAUCGUUGAGGAAGUAAUUUUAGCGUUCACCUAUCCACGGCUCGAUAUAAAUGUUACGAAAGGUUUUAACCAUCUGUUGAAAUCGCCCUUCUGCGUACAUCCCAAGACUGGGAAGGUGUGCAUUCCCUUCAACCCAAACAUCGCUUCCAAAUUCGACCCAACGGAUGUGCCUACAAUAACUGACCUCUUGAAGGAAGUGAACGCUUUUGAUGAAAAAAAUACCGUUGAAGGAGAAGAGAAUCGUUCGAAGAUUAAAGACUACAAGAAAACGAGCAUGUUCAAGGGUACGGUCAUAUUUGAAGAGUUUCUUCGCAAGCUCGAGCAAACGUUAAAAGGCAAGGCGGCUGCCCUUAGCGACAUGAAAAUGGAAUUCUAG